AUGGCUAUAGGGCCUUCGUAUGGCGUCCCGGCAGAGCAUAUUUACAGCACGGAUUGGAUGCUCCGGCUUUUAAAGGACCACGGGUUGAAUUCGAGAGGGGAGGAGGUUAAUCUGGCCGGAGGUGCAGGCUCGGGGACUGAUGCCGGCCCUGAUGGAGCAGGUUCGGGGGAAGAGGGUCCUGCUGGUGGUGGUGCUCAGGGUGGGGACUCAGGCUCGGGGCGUGUUCCUUGGAACGAGGUUCCGUUUGAUAUCCGGAUUCGGUACGAGAUUUCUGUGGUGAAACGUGCACGGCCUAACUUAGACAACAAGGUGGUUGCUGCAGCGAUUACAGCUAAGUACGGAAACGAAACGGGGAUGAACUUUCGGUCGCUGGACAGAAUAAGUACGUUUUACGACAAGUGGUUCGGGAUUGUUACCGCAGCGGUGCCAGAUCCGAACCUGUUACGAAUGGAGGAGGCAUUGGCUGAGUGGGUGAUUAAAGAAGAGGAGCGGGAGAAGAGGGAGGUGACUCGAGAGGAGAUUAUAGCGAAGGCGAAGGAGAUAGGUCCGGGAUAUAAUGUGCGGCCGGGUUUCAGGUAUGGCAGGUCGUGGGCUACGAGGUUUAUGAAAAGGUUCGGGCUGCUGCUGCUAUCAGAGACUAGUAACGAGGAUGCUGAUAGCGAGGAUGGGGGAGGCGCGCGAGGAGAGGGAGGAGCGGGAGAGGAUGGGAUGGAGAAAGGAGACGAAGAGGAGGGAGAGGUGGAGGGAUGGGAUGGUGGGUUGAUCAGUUUUGUGAACAUGCAGAUUCGGACUGCUGAAUGGGCUGCCUGGCAGGUGUUGCAUAAGUCGGCAGGGGGUACAGCAGCGGGACGCUCAAUAUCGAGUACAGGGGUAGGAAGGGAAGGAGAUGAAGGAGGUGAAGGAGUAGGAGGGGGCGUUGUGAGUAUCCCUGAACCUGAUCGAGGAAAUGUAGGAGAAGGGGAUUAUUCAAGGGUAAAUAACCCUUGGUGUGCGGAUCCCUUGACUGAGUUACUAGAAGAAGAGGAGGGGGUGGAUUUAGUUUACAGAACAGGGUCUGGGAGGGAUGGAGGAGGGGCGUUGCACACAAUUGGGUAUGGAGAUGGGGAGAGCGCAGGAGGGGCCUUGGGGGUAGAGGAACGGACGAGUAAUGGUGAUCCUGAUAGUGGUGCUGAUGACGAUGAUGAUGCUCAUGCUGAUGAUGAUGAUGAUGAUGAUGAUGAUGAUGAUGAUGAUGAUGAUUCUGAUGCUGAUGAUGCCUGUGGUUUUAGCGGUGCUGGUGCUGCUGAGGGUGUUCAUGCUGCUGUAGCUGCAGCAGGAAUGAGGAAGAGAGGAAGCAAGCGGGUUAGGUGGGAGGACGAUGCUGGUGACGAUGGUGGUGGCGUUGGUGGUGGCGAUGGUGGUGGCGAUGGUGAUGGUGGUGAUGGUGUGAAGAAGCGAAGGCUUGGACAACUCACUUCCGGAACAGAGGCUGUUGCUCUAGGCACAUGCGCUGCGUCCCCAGCCACGGGUGCAGCCACCCCAGCCAUGGGUGUGGCCCCACCAGCCACAGGUGCAGCCACCCCAGCCAUGGGUGUGGCCCCACUAGCCACAGGUGCAGCCACUCCAGCCAUGGGUGUGGCCCCACCAGCCACGGGUGCAGCCCCCAGCACACCCACUGGCAUCUCUUCCCGUUUGCCCAUUGUCAUCGGCCUUGCUGCUCCCAACCGCCCCGAUACCCCCACCGCCCCCCACACCACCACCCUCCUCCACCUCCCCUCCCAAGCGCCGCCAGCCACAGGUGCAGCCCCCAGCACACCCACCGGCGUCUCUUCCCGCAUGCCCAUUGUCAUUGGCCUUGCUUCUCCCAGUGAUCCCAAUACCCCCGCCGCCCGCCACACCACCACGCUCCUCCACCUCCCCUCCCAAGCCGCUCCGGCUUCCCGAACCACAGACCCUUUGCACUCCUUUCAGGGCCGCCUAGCCGCCCAAGCCGCCCAAGCCGUCCAAGCCCAAGCCGCCCGAGCCCAAGCUGUCCGAGCCGCCCAGACCACGCCUCCCCCACAUCCCUCCAAAACGCCGCCCAAGGAGGGGAAGGAGCGUCGGCCCCGCCAUUCCGUGCUGAACCCGGGGCAAAGGCGAGCCUUCUGCCUCGUGCAACGGGCCCUGCCGAACCUGCGCCAAGCCUACCUCGCCCGAGCUGCGCUGCCGGCUUGGGGCGUGCAGAUAUACAGCGCCACUAUAUCGUACAUAGUAAGAGAUAGGUGGUGGUGGAUGACUAUUCCCCGGGGGAAAGAGCAGGAGAUGAGCAGAGUGCCGGGGAAGGCGUGGAGGAAUAUGGGGAAGAAGAAGAAGAGGAAGAGGAGGAGGAAGAAGAAGAAGCGGGUGGUUGGAGCGGGGGUGGGGAGGUGGGCGAGGUUGGAAGAGGCGUUGGGGCGGUGGUUUGAGGAGAUGGGGGCGGAGGAGUUGGUUUGCCGGGGGAGGAUUAGAGAGCGGAGAUUGGUGCUGGAGGAGCAGGGGGAGGAUGGGGGGAAGGAUGGGGGGAAGGCAGCUCAGAAGCGCCCGUUUCCUGUGUUUCUGACGCUGGAAAUGGUUUCUGACAUGGGGAGGAAGCUUGGGCCUGCUUUAGGCGUUUCGAGUAACUUUAAGUACGGAAUUGGGUGGGCAGAAGCGGUGGUGGCGCGAUAUAGGGUGAAGAAGACCGGGGUUGUUGGGGGAAUUGAGGGAGCAGGAGGAGAGGGGGCAGGGGGAGAGGGGGCAGGGGAAGGGGGACUGAGGUGGGAGAAUGGAGAGGGAGGGGAGGGGGAGCGGGGGGGGGGGAAUGAGGAGGCGGAGGAGGAGGAGGAGGACGAGUCAGAUGGGGAGGAGGAGGAUGAUGGAAGCGACGAGGAAGAGGGAGAGGGGGAUGAAGAGGGGGGCGAGCAGGAGGGAAACGAGGAAGGAGGGAACGAGGGGAACGAGGGGGAAUGUUGGGAUCCGGUUGUGUUGCAGAGGCGGUUCGAGGAGACCCUACGUUCAGCUGCAUACAGCAGUCGAGAAGAGGACCCGUACGCUCUAGACCAGUGGGUGGAUGAUCCAGAUGUAUCAAGCCUUAUGAGGGCAAUUUUGGGGCCGGAUUGGCUUAGUAAGUACCACGGCGGUGCCACUGGCUGCGGCAUUUACCUCGAUGCUGCUGGUGCCAGCAGUGCUGCCCCUGCCGCUGCUGCUGCUGCUGCUGCCACUGCUGGUGCUGCUGCUGGUUUCAGCAGUCCUGCUGCUGGUUUUGCUAUGGGUGGGCAUGGCAGUGGGUUUGUCAGGGGGAGCCUGUCGUCCCUUGCGUCGCCUCUCAUGCACUGCAUGCCCCUCUCGGCAGUGCCCAUGGUGCAGCAGAUGCAGCAGAACGAAACCACCCCAACUCCCGGUGUGCGCAAGCGGAUACAUGGCCCCCCCCUGCCCGUGCCGCUCCGCCGCUCCUUCCAAAUGACCACGCACCAAAAGCGGGCGCUUUGCCUCGUCAUACACUCCGUUCCGAACCUCUCCAGCUUGUUCCUUGCCAAGGCUCUGCUCCAGGCUUGGGGAACGCCCGUGUUCGAGUCCAUGAUUCGGAAAAUCAGGCAGCACGGCGAUUGGUGGAUGAAUAUUCCAAGAGGGAAGGAGGAGGAGUUUAGAGUGAGAGGAAAGCGGUGGGAUUGGAAGAAGAAGAAGUAUUAUGCGGUGGAGGGUGGUGUGGAUGGGCGGGUGCAGUGUGUGAGGCUGGAAGCGGCGCUGUUGAAGUGGAUUGAGGGGAUAGGAGCGGGGGAGUUGGAGCAGGAGGAGUUGCAGAAGCAGCAGAGGUUUCAGGGGCAGCAGAGGUUUCACGGGCAGCAGAGGUUUCACGGGCAGCAGAGGUUUCACGGGCAGCAGACCCCAUGGGGUGGCGAUGAUGAGCUCCCAGACAACCGCCCUGAUUCUCCUGACUCCCUCAAUGCUGUUGACUCUGUUGACUCUGUUGACUCUGCUGAAGCGCUUGACGCUCUUGAAGCUAUUGACUCUCGCGGCUUCCCUUCCUUGCCGCUGCCGCCUCAAAGCAAGCCUCCUCCUCCUCCUCCUCUGCACAUGUCUAUGCAGCGCCAGCAAGGGGCAUGGGGCAGGGAUGGGUCCUGGCCUGGUGACUUUGGCCGUACUUCUCCCAUGACUGCUGUGAACGCCACAGCACAGCAGAGGGAGGGGUUUUUGGGCAAGGAUGGUUCAUGGGCAGCGGGUCUUCCUGCACCUCGUGCUACUGGCUUCUCUGGUUCUCAAGCCGCUGGUUAUCUUAGGCUCCGUGUUCCCCCCGGUUUCCCUGGCUCCCGUGCUGCAGACCCUCUUGCCCCUCGUGCUGGCUUCCCUGGUGCACAUGCAGCUGACCCUCUUGUUCCUCGUGCUCCUGAAUUUCGAGGCACACGUACCGCUGCUGACCCUCUUGCUCCUCGUGCUCCUGUCAUGGGUUCGGAGGAGUGGCAGCAGAGGCUGCAGGGGCAGCACAGGUCGACUUUUGAGUCGACUCAAAAUUCAGCUAUUGACUCUCGUGCUGCUGUCAUGGGCUCGGAGCACUGGCAGCAGAGGCUGCAGAGACCAUUAGGCGGGGUUGGUUCUUGGGCAGGUGGUUUCAUUGCCGCACCAUCCCUUGGUAACGGUCUCAACCGCUCUCCACCCAUGCCUGGACACGCUUUCUCUGGUCCCCAAGCAGCUGGUCUCACUCCCAAUGCGGGCCCUGCUGGUCCCACCACGCGUGGCAAGCGCUUGCCAAAGUGUGCGGUGAGACAGGAUCAGAGAGGAGGAGGUGGUGGUGGAGAGUGGAUGGGAGGGCUGCCUGGCGGCACUGGUGCUUUUCCUUACUCCUCUCGGAACGCAUCUGGGUACUUGUAUGAGCGGGGAGAGAGGGCAUUUGGUGGUAGUGAGUGGGGGGAAGGAGCGGGAGGAGGGGGAGGAGCAGUGGGAUGGGGAGGGGAAGGAGGAGGGGAAGAUAGAGGACCUGACUACGGGGUUAGAGGAUUGGGUAAUGAGAAAAGGCAGGGAAAGAAGAGGAGGGUGGUAGAGGAGGAGAGAGUGAGAGAGGAGAGAUUGGGGAGGAAGGAGAUGGUGAGAGAGGAGAUGGCACGAGAGGAGAGGGUGAGAGAGAAGGUGAGAAGGUCAGAGGGCGGUCGAAGUCUGGAAACAUCUCAGUCGAAAAAAGCACUUCAAAAGAAGGGAAGGAGCGGGGCAAAGACGGGUAUUGAUUCAGCUGGUACACAGGCUUUUGAGACGCCUCAAAAGCAGGCUGAAAAGCGGUCUAAGAAACGAAACGCUUCCUUUCACACUGCAUGGGCCAUGCUGGUUGGUGGGGGCGCUGCUGGGGAGACGAAAAAAAAUGCUGAGGGUGGAGUUGAGACGACUGGAAACACCAUGCAGGCUGGUGGGGAUGCAGGAGGGGAGACGGAUGGUGUGGGGAGAGAAACAGGGGGACAGGCUGGAGGGGAUGGGGGCGAGAUGGGCGGCAGUGACGGGGAGCGGGGCGGCGGUGACGAGGAUAGGGGCGGCGGUAGCAGGGAGAGGGGCGGCAGUGACGGGGAGAGGGGCGGCAGUGACGGGGAGAGGGGCGGCAGUGACGGGGAGAGGGGCGGCAGUGACGGGGAGAGGGGCGGCAUUGGAAGGGAGAGGGGCGGCAGUGACGGGGAGAGGGGCGGCAUUGGAAGGGAGAGGGGCGGCGGUGACCCUGUCUUGAUGACUCACAAUGGCGGGGAAAAUGGAGAUGAAGGGGAGAGAGGCGGUGGGGAAGGGGAGGGUGAUUGUGGGAGAGGGGACAAGGAUGGUGGGAGAAAGGAGCGUAGCCGUGCGGGAGGGGAAAUUGAUAGCAGGGGAGGGGAUAAAGAUGCAACUGGGGGUUUAAAGAGUGGGAAGAGGAAUGGGGGAGAACGGGGUGGUAAUAGGCAGGACAACGGCGGGAAUGGGCAGGAGAGCGGUGGGAAUGGGCAGGAGAGCGGUGAGAAUGGGCAGGAGAGCGGUGAGAAUGGGCGGGAGAGCGGUGGGAAUGGGCGGUCGAGGGGUGGGAAGGCAGAGGUGAAUGAGAUAUUGGUGAAGGAAGAGGAUUUGAGUGGUGGUUCUAGCAAGAGGAGCGAAGAGAGGAGAGAGAGGAGGGAAAGGAGGGAGGAGGAAGGAUAG